CGCACCGCCGGUAGAUCCCGCACGGAGUUCCAUGUCGAAUCCGAAAAACCAGGCGAUUCAGCUCGCUCAGCUCUCCCCGCAGCAGCUGAAGCAAAUGGGCGAGCAGAUCGAGGAGGAGAUCCAGCAGCUGACGCAGAACCUCGAUCAGCUGACGAAGGCGGCGAAUAGGUACCACACCAGCGGACGCGCCCUGGAGGCGUUCAAGGACGAGACGGAGGGCAAGGAGAUGCUCGUGCCCCUGACCAGCUCGCUUUACGUGCCGGGAACCCUCGGGUCGACGGAAAAGGUGCUGCUGGACAUCGGCACGGGGUACUUCGUGGAGAAAACCCCGGAGGACGGCGUGGACUACUGCAAGAGGAAGGUGAACCUGGUCAAGGAGAACAUGGACAAGAUCCUCGAGUUCAUCAAGCAGAGGCAAAGCCAGGCUGCGCAGGUCAACCAGGUGUUCAGCGCGAAGGUGCAGCAGAUGCAGGAGCAGCAGAGGCUGGCGGAGGCCCAGGGCGUCUGAUCGGGUCGCGAGUAGCCCACGUCGACGCGUAUUGAACCGAUUCAACCGAGUGUACCUACUGUGUUUU